AUUAAAAUUUUUAGUGUAAGAAAAACUGAAAGUGUGAUUGUCAUGUUGGAGCUUGGGGGACAGAAGUUAAAAGAUUAUUUUGAUAAAUGGAAUGGGCAAAAUACAAACAAAGAGAAGUUAAUUAGCAAACUCAUUAAAGGUGCGGCUAUAGCACUCGAACAAUUCCAUAAACAUGGUUUUCAUAUGGAUGUUCACGAAGGUAAUUUUCUCGUAGCUCUUAAUCCAGACCAGUCUGAACAAAAUCCGAAUAUGAAAGAUAGUCGGGAAAUUAAUUGCAAGCUUAUAGAUUUUGAUACUUCUAUUAUUAAUGCUGAAAAUCAUUUUCCUUUAUUUGAUAUUAUGGCGAUAGGUAACAUUGCUCCAGAAAUACGUGGCCAUAUUCGUGCCAAUAUAACCGAUAAAGCAGAUGUUUGGGCAUUUGGCUUAAUGGUUAAUCGAUUAUACAACAACAUACAAUAUUUAGGUUAUACAUAA